AUGUUUAAGGGGUUUGAGGUAUCCUCAAAUGAACAGGCGUUUACCCUGGAAACCCUCAAGUCGGGUAUACGGUUUGACGGCAGAAAGCUGGAGGAGAUGAGAGACAUAGACAUACGUCUGGGAGACGAAUACGGCUACGUAGAGGUGCGCUUGGGAAAUACCAAGGCUAUAGUCAGAAUAUCGGCACAGCUUGCAGUUCCAUUUGAGGAUAGGCCUUAUGAAGGGAUAUUUCAGAUAUCCACCGAGAUUUCACCCAUGGCUGGCCCUAUGUUUGAGGCUGGCAGACAGUCGAUAGACGAGGUGCUAAUUAGCAGGCUGGUCGAGAAGGCAGUGAGGCGGUCAGGUGCUCUUGACCUGGAAAGUUUGUGUAUUAUUGCGGGAUCGAGAUGCUGGGCUGUGAGAGCGGAUGUCCAUUUUCUGGAUUAUGAUGGAAAUUUCAUCGACGCUACAUGUCUGGCCGUUAUGGUAGGACUGUCGCAUUUCAAGAAACCAGAUAUUGCUAUCAAUGGAGAGGAAAUUGUUCUUUUUUCAACUGAUCAGAGAGAUCCCGUGCCGUUGUCUGUUCUGCAUAUUCCGUUGUGUGUGACUUUUGCAUUCUACAACCCCAACGAUGUGGAGGAGAACAUCAAGGGUUCUUCCAGUGGUGAGCUGAUACUUGUUGAUCCAACCAUGAAGGAGGAGGCACAAAGUCUGGGAUCGAUGACUUUGACUUUGAAUAAGAACAGAGAAAUCUGUCAGAUCAGCAAGGCUGGUGGGCUGCCUAUUGAUGCACCAGUGAUCAUGGAUUGUUGUUCCAUUGCAUACUCCAUCGUGGAAAGGCUCACGGAGAAGAUAAAACAGUUGUUGAAGGAUGACGAGGCCAAGAGGAUUGACAUUAAUGUACAAAGGGCACUUAGUGCAGCGAAUGAUAGAUAA